UACAUAGUUAGAUAAACCCAACCCGGAGACACAUUUCAAAUUUGUCGAGCCCAGUUACCUUUUGCCCUUCUGAUUGUUAACAUCCAAAUAAAAACUUCUUCACCUUACCGUAACAACCGAGACAAAUAAGGUUUUAAAUCUACGAUGACGCCCUUUGAGUUAAAAGAAAUGUUUGUGCUCGGAAUUUGCAAUUUGGUAGUCGGACCACUAAUGUUUACCUGGGGAAUCUAUUCCGAGCUUGAAAUUUACGAGGAAAGAAGACGCGCCAAGAAAGAGCUACGAGACACAUAUAAUCCGGUUUUCUGGGCCUAUGGUUUCCUGAUAUUCUGCUCCUUUUUUUCGGGAUUGUUUGCAAUGUGCGCAGUCACCGUAUUCCGUAACGACUGCGAUUGGGAGAUCAAAUUGGGAAGGCUGGCAACGUUUUUGGCGAAAGCGAUAAUCUUCCAAAUUCUAGCGAUUUUCUUCUACAACUUUGAUCCGAUGGGGUGGAGGACGCGGGAUGGAUUUCUGGGGUCAUGGGUACGGAUUAAAUUGCCCUGCUUUACAUAUUUUUAUUGCCUCAUGGUGCAAUACUAUUUUGUGAAGACGAUUGGCAAAUUUGUUGAAGAGGCAAAAGACGUGGUAAAAUUGCAAUAAGGUAUUGUAACAGGGUGCAGCGAAUUUGACUGAUUUCUGGAGAAAUUUAUGUUGUACUAAUUUAAAAUGUAUAUUUCUGAUGUGAUCGAGUAUUCCAGUUUGUUCGGUGCGGUUGAUAAAAGUUGAUUUUAUUAUUUAGAUCAUGUGUGUAAUGUACGUAUUUAAGUUUAUUUAAUGACAAUCAAUAUUCCGUAAGAUUUAUCAAAAUUUAUUAUUUAUAUACCGCGUAAAUAUCUAAUGACGAUGGUUUAAACAUCUGUAUUCGUGUAUUAUCUAAUUAAGUAAUUUUUAUUUGAGCAUUAAUUAUGCAUGUUUCGCUGGUGUAUUUAAAGUCGAAUAAAAAGCUGUGCAAAUACAUAUAUGCCUUUUGCUAAUUA